ACCUAUUUCCUGUACAUCUCUCUGACACACACACACACCUUUUCUCUACACACUCUCUCACACACACAUUCUCUCUCUCUACGUACACUUUCUCCAUCUCAUACUCUCUACAUACACACUUCCUGUCUGCUAAAAAACAGUGUCAGGAAUAUCAUCUAUCAUGGUGGGCUACUGUCCCAUCUGUGGGAAACCAGUCUACUUUGGUGAGAAGAAGAGGUCAUUGGGGAGGGACUACCACCCUCUGUGUCUGAAGUGUCAACUGUGUCAGAGACAGUUGACCCCGGGACAACAUGCUGAGCAUGAUGAGAAACCCUACUGCACUAACUGUUACAUGAAGACGUUUGGUCCCAGAGCAGGUAACAGGAGACUGAUGUCAAACACAGCUCAGCCUCCUCUUCCUCCUCCUAUGAACCAGUCUAACAAACCAAAAACCAACCAAAAUACAACCUAAUGAGAACUAACAGGCUAUCAACAAGGAUCUAUGUUCAACAAACCUGACAUUCAGCCAUCAAGCCAAUGACCAACCAACUAGACCCAACUUUCAGCCAACCAACGUUUGACCAACCAAGAAAUAACCAAUAGACAACCAAGCUGACAUUGAACAAACUACUAUCCAACCAACAGACAUCAGUCUCACUCUGAAAGAUCCCCUCUAUCAGUCAAUCAUAAAACACCAUAAUUUUGUGUUCAAUGGAGACAACGGUUGUUCUUCAAUAAAACAGAAUCUUCUACAGUC